UGUGAAUGAAUAUUGUAUUUCAUAACUGUGUUAGGCCAAGUCAGAGUAACAUGGGAUUUAAUUUUGUUAAGAGAUUGGAUGUCUAUAGAAAGAUCCCUAAGGAUCUCACACAACCAACCUAUGCAGGAGCAUUUGUGUCUCUAUUGAGUAUGUUGUUCAUCACAUUUUUACUACUGUCAGAGUUUAUGUCAUUUAUCAGACCGGAUGUAGUAAGUGAGCUGUAUGUUGAUAACCCUGGUGAAGUAGAGAGACUGUCUGUACGAGUUAAUCUUUCAUUACCAAAACUCAGCUGUGGAGUUGUCGGGUUAGAUAUACAAGAUGAUAUGGGACGACAUGAAGUAGGAUACGUAGACAACACAAAGAAAAUUCCUAUCAACAAUGGUCUAGGAUGUCUUUUCUAUAGUGAUUUUACAAUUAACAAAGUGCCUGGUAAUUUCCAUGUUUCUACUCAUGCUGUAGGAAUGAAUCAACCUCAAUCACCUGAUUUUACACAUAUCAUCCAUGAAGUGUCCUUUGGUGAUGAUCUCCAAAAUAAGAGUUUGGGUGCAUCAUUCAAUCCCUUGGCAGGAAAAGAUAGAACAGAUAGUAAAAGUGACUUGUCCCAUGAUUACCAUAUGAAGAUUGUACCUACAGUCUAUGAGGAUCUUUGGGGGAACAAGAAUAUUUCUUACCAGUAUACCUAUGCUUAUAAGAAUUAUGCAUCCUACGGCCAUGGUAGAAGGGUUUUACCAGCGAUAUGGUUCAGAUAUGAUAUUAGUCCUAUUACAGUCAAAUAUCAUGAAAAGAGAGCUCCAUUCUAUACUUUCAUCACAACAGUUUGUGCUAUAGUUGGAGGAACCUUCACCGUAGCGGGAAUCUUUGAUUCAAUGAUCUUCACCGCAGCUGAAGUCUUCCGGAAAGCAGAAUUAGGAAAAUUAAGUUAACCAUUCACCAUCAUUACAUCUCGAGCUGUAUAUAUUUUCUUUUCCUCUUUCAUGUUUUUAUUUAGACUCCUUAGAUAUUGUCAGUGGCCUGUAUUCUGAAGCCGGGUUUCAUUUAAACUCUGGUCUAAAGAUGUGGUUUAAUUCUGGAAAGCUUAUUAUGAUGUACAUGUAAAUCUCUAACAGAAGUGGUUCAUUUGACACUCUAAGCAUUCCUAACUGUUUAGGAAGGAUAGAUGAAAUGAAGGUCUUCACCAUGAAUGAAUUAGAAAAGAAGGCAGUAAGCAUAAGAAAUAAUGUAAACAAAACAUUUUUGGCUUUCCAUAAUUUUAGUACAGAGUUUCCAUGGAUGAAUGAAUUAGGAAAGAA